AUGGCGGCGGCAGCGGACCGUCCUCCCGCGGAGGCCGCCAAGCCCCUGCUGGGGCUGCUGAACGGCAUCGCCCAGGCCACCUACUACGGCAACGCGGAGAUCACGGAGGAGCUGCUGCGGGACCAGCUCUACCCGGAAACGGCGCCGCAGGAGUUCCGAGCCUUGCUGGCCAAGACGACGGGCGUCGUCAAGGUAACGGGGGCGGGGCCGGCGGGCCAGGUAGAGAUGCCGGGCAGCCAAUGGAGCGGCGCGUUGGGGGCGUCGGGGCGGGCGGAAGGCGGGGCGGCGCAGCUGAGCAGCCAAUGGCUUCGAAAGAGGACUAGACAAAUCAGGCCGUGUGGUCUAGUGGUUAGAGCGUCAGACCAGGACCUGGGCGAUCCGGGUUCAAAUCCCCCAGCGAGGGGGAUGACCUUGGUCCAGUAGCUCACUCUCAGCUCAGCCUUACCUUCCUCACAGGGUUUGUUAUGUACUGAGUUGAAUAGGAUCCAGAAUGCAGCAGUCUGAUUGGUCCUAGAACAAUAGGAUCCAGAAUGCAGCAGUCUGAUUGGUCCUAGAACAAUAGGAUUCAGAAUGCAGCAGUCUGAUUGGUCCUAGAACAAUAGGAUCUAGAAUGCAGCAGUCUGAUUGGUCCUAGAACAAUAGGAUCCAGAAUGCAGCAGUCUGAUUGGUCCGCAGGAGUCACCCAAUCCAGCCCCAGGUGGAAGGGAAUCCGCAACCUGAUUGGCCUACAGAUGAAUCCCGGAAUUAGCCAAUCACGUGGGGCCCAUUGUGUAAAUAAUGUAUAUAAAGCAGACAGUUUGGGGAAACUUCCAUUCAUCCUCACCACUAUGAGCUGAAUAAAGAGCAUGAAAUCCACUCUCAACUCCGAGUAUAUUUCAGGGUUGUUAUGGGGAUAAAAUGAGAAAAAGUUGGGAUAUAAAUGCAGUGAAUCAAUUCACAGAGGAGACGGCGAUAUGGAUGGCUCCACCGUCAGAAGCUUCUGGAUAUCACAUGCUCAGAUCCUGGUCUCUGGUUUCCCAGAGGCAGCUGCUCAGCCACGUGGGAGACCAGGAGGCUGGGCUAGACCAUUGGGCUGAUCAGGAUACAGUGGUACCUCUGGAUGUGAACGGCAUCCUGAAGCGAACGCAACUCUGCACGUGCGUCUGCGCAAGCGGCAAAGCCGUGGAGCAUAACCUGAAAACGCUCAAGCCGAAGCUACUUCAACCUGAGCUAUGAAUGUGCAGGGCUCUUCUUGGGUUCUCAUGAAACACCAUGUUAGGGUUGCCAUGCGUCCAGAAAUUUCCAGACAUGCCCGGAUGGAAAUUGCUAAAAUCCGGACGUAUGGCAACCUUAAAUAGCGUUUCUUCAGUGAUUUCCCCUAAAAAGUCACUGAAAACCUUCGUUUCUUGUUGCAAAUAUGCCAAAAAGGCUCAACAAUUUUGCCCGGCCCUCAAACCCUAACGUGAUUGAAAAGCCAGAGUUGGGAAAUUUUCCUAGUUGCCUUCAAGUGGUGAGCAUUGCUCAUAAAGCAAGUGCCAUGUAAAAAAAAACCAAAAAAACAAACAAACCGGGGGGGCACAGUUCCAGGUUCUGGGGUGGCCUCUGGCAGAAUGCCUCUAUUUAUUUAUUACAUUAAUAUUUCACAUUUUUCUUUCAAGGAGCUCAAGGUGGUGUACAUGCUUCUCCUCUCUCCAUUUAAUCCUCCCAACAACCCUGGGACGUAGGCUUGCACUGAGAGAUGGUGCCUGGCCCAAGGUCACCCAGUGAGCUUUGUGGCUGGUGUGAAUUUGAACCCUGAUCUCCCAGGUCAUAGUCCAACACACUAACCAUUGUUCUCCAGUUUAGCAGAGGCCUUCCCACCAGCCGCCAGGAGAGAGACAGGAUGAGAAACUGGGCAAGGAGGGAGCAGGGCUCACCUCAGUCUGGGUGGCACAGAACGUAGAAACACAUUAUUUUUAUUAUAUUUACAUCCUGCCUUUUCUCCUGACAAGGAUCAAGGUGGCUUACAGAUAAAAUAAGAGCAGCUGAAAACGGGGUGGGAAGGCAAGGAAUAAUUAAAAAACAAUUAAAUUUUAAUAGGAUUACAACUACAUGUAUAAAAUCUAUUAUAUGGGUACAGACUAGGAGAUUUUUUGAACAGUGGGCCCCAAAGACCAUGAAAUGCAGGCUUAUGCCCAAAUAUAUGCAAAUAGAAGCACUGUGAUCAUUCUCAACAGGAGCAAUUGGCAAGAGUUUUUUCUAAACUACUUUCAACAUCUCUGUUGGGACAGAGAUCCCUGGUACCAACUGAGCCCUAAACUAGAAUUAAAGAUGCUGACAAAUUUUUGAUCAGCAAUAUAACGUUGCAGUUUACCUUUGAAAUUCUUUAGUUUGAAAAGCUUUUUCUUUUAGGUCAUCCACAAAAUAUCCUGUGAGACUGAAAUGUUUUACCACUUGUUUCUGAAUGUUGUGAUUUUUUUAACAUCAGAUUUCUAUUUUUAUUUCGAAUGCCAGAUUUGUAUCCCUUUGUUCAUUUAUGCAGAAGCAAGGGUGCAUAUUACUUCAGAGAAGGAGCCCCUACUGCUGUAGCUGAGGGCAUUUCUGUUGUGACCCACAUGCCUCAUUCAAAAGCAGGGACCCUUUUCAUGCUGAGGGCCACAGGCAAUCUCUGUGGGGCCACGUGCUAAGGCAAGGAGGAUACUGCAAAUGUAUGUGAUGCAACAAAUGCGAAUUUUACGUUUGUACAAUAGGGUAGUUUCGACACACACUCACCCAUGCUUUUCUAACCUCCAUCCAAGCAAGCAAGACUUAUUUAUUUGUUGUAUUUAUAUAGCUCCUUUCAGGUGGACCUCACAAAUUGCUUUAUGUAAAGUUAUUAUUGUCGGAAAUCAAGCCUUUAUCAGGAGAAACUGGCAACUCUCCCAGGCACCCGGCUUGGUCUCCUGUUGACCUCCCUGCCUGCUUUCCCGGCAAGAUCCAGGCAGAGGUCGCGAUAGGCGAUCCUUCUCAGCGUGAGAAGAACACACCCCUCUUUCCCCUGCCGGGGGAAAGAGAUAGACAAAAACGUAUUUACAUUCCUUUAUUUCUGUCUUUGCAGCGUUGCAGAAAACAUGACUGCUCUCUUCAUACUCCUGCAGUCGAGAGAGAACAAACACUUCCUGUCCAGCUCAUAUUACACUCUGAGCUAAUUCCGGUGCCCUCUGCACUGUGAAUUGACUGUCCCUCUGUUUCCCACGGAACAGUCCCAACAUUCCCAUUAUGUUUUGCUUUCAAGCUACCAGCAGCUCGCGGCUGCAUUGCUUCAAUAUCGUAACAUACUCCCCCAUAUGAAUCAAUGUGCACUGCGAGCAAAGCGUGAUCCAGAGAAGAAAACAAACAGUUGUUAUACAUAUAACACUCCUGUUGUUUCAGUUCCACCCUUAGAACUACCCGCCACUGGUUUCCCCAGUGUACCUCUCUGGUUGUCUGUCUUCCAAGGAAUGAGUGCAUCUGCAUUACCUUGGCUAGGGAAUGUAGUGUUACGCUUAGCAACUCCCUGUUGUGUCUUUGUCUCUGACUUAGACACACCUUUAACCUGUCUUGAGUUGUCAACAAUAGUAACACAUGCUACAGCCGAGUUAGCAAACUCUUUUGAAUACCUCUUGGGUGGUACACCCUUUGUUACUCUCUCGGACCUGCGUAUGAGGUGCUGAUUCUCUCUGCUCACUGGUUCAGUCUCAGGACUCUUUGGAGAACCAGUUCCAAUAGUAAACAGUGGUUCAUCCUUCACCUGUGAAGGUCUUUCCAUUGUGUGAGAUUUCCUCUCAAUGACUGUGUCAACUGAGCUCUUUGAGCUAUCACUGUCACUCUCAGUACCACUGUAAUCAGUAAAAUCAUCAUCAUCAUCUCAAUUGUCUUCAGUGGGAAAUGUGUGAACAAUUACUCUCUCCUGUUCAGGAGCACACUCUAGAAAUUUUGUGAGAACCACCUGACCAGAUUCAGACAAAAUUACUCUGUAGAGACCCUUUUCAUAACCCACAAAAAUGCCUCUAGCAUUCUUUACUCCACCUGGAGCAUCAGAUUUCACAUGAGACCCAAAAACCUUAAAAUGGGCAACAGAAGGUUUUCUGUGGAAUAGCUUUUCAAAAGGAGAACUUCCCAAACAUUUUGAAACCUUUCUCAACCAAGAGUAACAAUAACACAAGAACGAUUCCGCCCAAUACUCAUGUGGCAAAUGUGAACUCAGCAAUUGUGCCUUCAUGCCAUUUUGCAAUUCUUUGUUCACUUGCACACAGACACUUUUGUUCCAUGCUCCUGCAGAAACAGCAGUCUUGUGCCUUAUCCCUUUCUUAUCCAGGAAAUCCUGAAAAUCCUGCAAAAGAAAAACUGGCUUUUCAUCUGUGAAAAGACAAUCAAUGUUAGCAUCAUGAACAUUUUUAACCUUGUCACAAAACUCUUUAAACCUUUCUAAGGCUUCUUGUGGUUUCUGCAAUAUAUAUACCCACACAUAAUGAGAGAAAUAAUCCACACACACAAGAUAAUAUCUUGCAUUGCCUCUAGAUGGUGCUAGAGGACCAAUCACAUCAGCAUACACUCGCUGAAAAGCUUUGGUUACUUGCGUCGUCUUCUGGACAUUUUUCGUCAUACCUGCAAGAGAAAUCAUGUUAGACUCAGAUGCAUUACAACUUAUGCAAUCGCUUUGAUCAAAAGUCAACAAAUACAGUCCAUCUUUCUCUCUGGCAGAAAGAUACAGCUCUCCAUCUUUGAAGAUUUUGCAGCUUUUUCUAUCAUAGGACAAA